CGGCCCUCGCCCCGGGUCCGCCCUGGUUGGCACCCGGGCGGGAUCCGAGGUCGGCUGCAGAGCGUGGUCGCUCGAGGGUCGUGCAGAUGGCAAACUCUGGAAAUCCCUUGGUCCUGAUCCUAAAGCAGUUUCUUUUCCCGAAGUUUUCGAGUGGAGUGUACAGAGCGAUGGAGUAUAUGACAGAACCCGCCGAUCGCAAACCUGGACAUAUCUUGUGCUGUGAGUGUGGUGUUCCAAUUAGUCCAAAUCCUGCCAAUAUUUGUGUGGCCUGUUUGCGAAGUAAAGUAGACAUCAGCCAAGGUAUUCCGAAACAAGUCUCGAUUUCUUUCUGCAAACAAUGUGAAAGAUAUUUCCAGCCACCAGGAACUUGGAUACAGUGUGCUUUAGAAUCUAGGGAACUUCUUGCUUUGUGUUUGAAAAAAAUCAAAGCUCCUCUGAAUAAGGUUCGGCUUGUAGAUGCAAGCUUUAUUUGGACUGAGCCCCAUUCUAAGAGACUUAAAGUUAAACUGACUAUUCAGAAAGAGGUGAUGAAUGGUGCUAUCCUUCAGCAAGUGUUUGUGGUGGAUUAUGUUGUUCAGUCCCAAAUGUGUGGAGAUUGCCAUAGAGUAGAAGCUAAGGAUUUCUGGAAUGCUGUGAUUCAAGUCAGACAAAAGACUUUGCACAAAAAAACUUUCUACUAUCUGGAGCAGUUGAUUCUGAAAUAUGGAAUGCAUCAGAAUACACUUCGUGUCAAAGAGAUUCAUGAUGGCCUGGAUUUCUAUUAUUCCUCAAAACAACAUGCUCAGAAGAUGGUAGAAUUCCUUCAAUGUACAGUUCCUUGUAGACAAAAAGCAUCACAAAGAUUGAUCUCUCAGGAUAUCCAUAGCAACACAUAUAAUUACAAAAGCACUUUUUCUGUGGAAAUUGUUCCAAUAUGCAAGGAUAAUGUUGUCUGUCUGUCUCCAAAACUGGCACAAAGCCUGGGAAAUAUGAACCAGAUUUGUGUGUGUAUUCGAGUAACCAGUGCCAUUCACCUCAUUGACCCAAACACCCUACAAGUUGCAGAUAUUGAUGGGAGCACUUUCUGGAGUCACCCUUUUAAUAGUUUAUGCCAUCCCAAACAGCUAGAGGAGUUUAUUGUGAUGGAAUGCAGCAUAGUCCGAGAUCUAAAACGCAGUGCAGGUGCUGGAAUGAUAUCAAAAAAGCAUACCCUCGGGGAAGUCUGGGUACAGAAAACAUCUGAAAUGAAUACAGAUAAACAAUAUUUUUGUCGCACUCAUUUGGGACAUCUUCUAAAUCCUGGAGACCUGGUGUUGGGGUUUGAUUUGGCCAACUGUAACUUAAAUGAUGAGCAUGUCAACAAAAUGAACUCAGAUAGAGUUCCAGAUGUGGUAUUAAUCAAGAAGAGCUAUGACCGUACCAAACGUCAGCGUCGUAGAAACUGGAAACUGAAAGAGCUUACAAAAGAUAGAGAAAACAUGGAUACAGAUGACGAAAGACAAUACCAAGAUUUCCUUGAAGAUCUUGAAGAAGAUGAGGCAAUUAGAAAGAAUGUCAACAUCUACAGAGAUUCAACCAUCCCUGUGGAAAGUGACACAGAUGAUGAAGGAGCACCUCGAAUUAGUCUGGCUGAGAUGCUUGAAGACCUUCAUAUUUCCCAAGAUGCCACUGGUGAAGAAGGCGCACCAAUGAUGACAUAAUGAGAUCAAGUUGUAGACAGUUUGCACAUUUGUAGGCUCGGGAAGUUGGACAAAAUAGCUGUUACUGUCUCUUCCAUCUAUGCCUCUGUAUUGUGAGAGGAGAAAUUUAGUUUUAAGCCUGAAUAAAUAUGACUAUUUUGAUUGCUUACUCAAAGCACUGAAAAAGAUUGAUGGCUUUGAACUUUGAUGUAGUAAAAGAUUAUGGAAAGUGUAAUUAUUACUGAUAUUUAGUCCAUUUUACAUAUGUAAUUUUAUCACUCUGCUUUUUUAUAUGAUGCACUGUAGUAUUUUCACAUGCUAUAGUGCUGGAUAUAAAAGCUCAAAAGUUGUGAUUCCUUGGAUGUUAAUUAAAUCUUCAAGCAUAAAA